AUGCUCCCCUCCACAGCGCUCCUCCUCCUCCCCCUCGUCGCGGCGUCGCCCUACGCCGACCUGUUCGCCCGCGGCGGCAACAGCGGCAAGGACAAGUUCCACGGCAAGACGCUCGCGCCCAACAACUACACUGUCGUCGAUGGCCUGUUCGUGCAGGACGACCCGGCGUUCAAUGCCACGGGGUACGACCUGCUCAAGGACAGCUUUGGGCUGAUUGACAAGAGCAAGGAUAGGUGGAAGAAGUUUACGAAGCACAUCACAGACCUCAACAAGAACGCCGACGCAUACACGACCUACAAGGUCAUCUACAUUGCGCGCCACGGCGAGGGCUACCACAACGUCGCAGAGCACAUCUACGGCUCGGACGCGUGGAACUGUUACUGGAGCCUGCAGUACGGUGACGGGAAUAUGACGUGGGGCGAUGCCACCCUCACCCCACUUGGGGAGGACCAGGCGCGCGCCGCCAACGCCGGGUGGAAGGAGCAGAUCAAGGCGGGGAUCCCGGUGCCGCAGGUUCUCUACUCAAGCCCGUUCCGCCGCGCGGCGAGCACGCUGGAUAUUACGUGGACUGAUAUCCUGCUCAACAAGGGGGUCAAGCCGGUCUUCAAGGAGGGGUGGCGUGAGAUGAUCGGACUGCAUACCUGCGACGAGCGGAGCAACCGCACUGUGCUCGCGCAGACGUACCCCAAGUUCACCUUCGAGCCCUCGUUCACCGAGCACGACCCGCUCUGGGACGACGUCUUCCAAGAGUCGCACGCGCAGCAGGCGCGCCGUAUCCGCCUGGCCGUCGGCGAGCUGUUCGCCAACGACCCGAGCACGUUCGUCAGCGUCACUGCGCACUCGGGCGUGAUUAAUGCGUUCUUCAAGGCGGUGGGACACCGGCCGCUGCAGGUCCAGACGGGCGGGUUUGUGCCUGUUGUCAUCAAAGCCGUAUCCUACCCCUCCGCCACGUUCUCGCACAUCACCGGCGGCGCGUCGUACACUGCGCCCAUCUGCACGGCCGACCCGACGACCAAGGUCCAGGCGCCCGCGACGGUCACCGUCGCGCCGACGUGGUACCCCGCUUGCACGGCCGCCCCGAGCGUCAUCACCAGCUUCCCCGCCACAGGGUGCCUUACGCAGCCGGUGACCGGACCGACUGCCGCCGCGAAGCCUACCGGGGCGUAG